AAUCCUGUGCCUUUGUGUUUAAAUACUGUUUAAUGAAAGUGCGUGAUUGUAAAGCUAGAGCCUGAUUUGGAUGCCCAUUCUUCCCCUUAGCUUUCUAGCAUGUAUAUACUUGGGCUGAGUUCCCCUUAGCUUUCUAGCGUGUAUGUACCUUGGCUGAGUUCUCCUUGGCUUUCUAGCCUGUGUGUACUAUGGCUGAGUUCAACUUUGAUUUUCAAUGUAGCCUGUGAGGAUUACCAGCUGCUGGUAGUUGUGUGAGGAUGAUAGAGAUGCACGAAAGACGCCUAGCAUGAGGCUGAUGCCAGGAAAGCUCUGGAGACAUCCUCACUACCUUCCCUCACUUCGUUGUUUCAGUGAUGAGGGUCACGCCCCAGACUUGCGGGCGCUAGACAAACAGUGUCAUUGAACUACACCAGCCACCCUUUUUUCUAAAAUUCUUGACAGUUUCAUGAAUAUCCAUUGAUUAUGCCACCCCCAACACCCUCCUUCCAUCCUCCUGAACCCCGUAGUACUUCCCUCUCCCACAGUCAUGUCCUUGUUAAAUUUUAUUUUUAUGACUCACGGGGUCUAGUUAGUGAACCAUACGGGCGUGGCCCUGGGGCCAUCCAUGGGCAGCCUACAAGCAGAUGCGCCCCUAAUGAAAAACGACUCCCACUCCCCCAACAGCCAUCAGCUGUGAAUAAGCUCUUCAGCUAGGGGUGACUGGUGCCUCGUGAGUUCCUCUCUCUUCCGUGGGGAAUAUUGACCGGCUUGAGCUCGUCAGUGCAAUCACCAUGUCAAGUCUGGAAGAUGGCCUUUCACAGCAUCCCUCCCAUCCUCUGUCUCUUAUAUUCUUUCUGCUGCUUUUUUCCAUGAUGUUCCCUGAGCCUUGAGGGACCUGAUAGAAAUGGCUUGUUUAGGGCUGAGUACUCAAAGUCACUUACUCUGAACACCUUAAUCGGUUAUGAGGUUGCUGCCCACUGCAGAGCAGAGCUUCUCUGACGAGGGUUAAGCGCAGCACUAAUUCUAAGGAUAGAAACAUUUACAAAUAUUUAGAAAGCAAUUUGACAACAACGGUCAGUACUCCCGCAGGACCCAUGACUUCUCCAGCCAUGGGCUUUUGACCAGGUUUACAGGACAACACAUGAAUUUCCUUCUUUGUAGCAGGGCUCAAAUUCAAUCCAAAAGCUGCUGGUUACUCCCUAAGAGUCAUGCCAUUAUUACACCAGUAGGCAGAUCUUGCUUAGCAGGGUAGUAGUGUAUAGUGUGUAGUCUGUUGAUAGCUUUUCUCUCCCACAGACUAUAUAACACUGCCUAGCACUGUAACAGCUAGCUUACAGGGAUGAAGUUUGCACAUCCAUUUCAAUCUGAAUUAUGUAUUUGUCAGUUGGGCCUUAACUGUUAGCUAUGGUCGACAACAAAGAACAAUGAUGAUAACGUGUUAUUUGAGGUACCUCUGGGUUCUUUCUGUCCUGUAACUCAUAGGGAAGUAUCUCAUACCUGACAGUGAGAUUUUUAUUUAAAAAACCCCAUCUUCUAGGGGAACAUUGUCUGUUAAAGAUACCUCUGUUCAAACUCCUUUUAAAAUUAUUUUAAGUUAGUUUGCAAAGCAGUUGGCCUUUUCAUACAUCCUUAAUUGUGUUUGACUCGCCCCCACACCCCAACCCUCACUCCUGCUGAAACACUCGAACCUACCCAGUCCCUUGUCACACCUGUUUUGUGCAUUCGCCCGGUCUAAGGCCUCCCGGGCUCUGUGCACUAUUCUAGCUUCCUGACCUCAACUAAAACUCACAGAUCUAAAAGAUGUGCAUCUAGGAUCUACACAGGAGAGAGAGAGAGAGAGAGAGAGAGAGAGAGAGAGAGAGAGAGAGAGAGAGAGAGAGAGGCAUCUGUCUCUCCAGGCCUGGGUUACCUCUAUCAUAUUCUUCAGUCCCGUCCACUUUCCAGAAAAAUGUCAGGAUUUCCUUUUCCUAACAUCUACACAAACUGCCAUUGUCUAGACUGGUUUCAUUUCCUCACGGCUGUCAGUUAAGCAGCAGGUGUCCCUGUGGUAGGCUGUAGAGUCCUCUGAGUGUAUGCCCAGAAGUGGUACAGUUGGGUCAUAUGGUAGUUCUAAUUUUAGCUUGUGGAGACACCUCCACACAGAUUUCCCUAGUGGCUGCGCCAGUUUACACUCCCGCCACAGUGGGUUAGUAUUUCCCUUUCCCCUUGUUCUCCUCAGCAUUGACAGUCCAAUGACAGCCAUUCUGACUAAAAUAAGAUAUAAUCUCAAUUUUAAUUUACAUUUCCUUGAUAUGUAAAGACCACCCUUUCAACACAGAUGUUAGAACCGUUGCAUUUUUUUUAAAUCGAAUUACAGAUGAUCUCCAAAAACCUAGUAUAGAGCAAACUGUUUUUUAACUUAAUUGUGUGUUUCCUUCCAGGCUUCAUACUUGGGUUUUGUUCAGCCCCCCCAUUCAUGGGAUUGUUAGCUUUCCCAUACUCAAUUAUUGUGCAAUUAGCCACGUUAAGUACAAAAAAGCAGUGGCGGAGAGGGAGAUGUCACAAUAGACAAAGGCAUUUUGAUCGACGCAGAAACAUGUUGGUGUUCGUAUGUCUAACUCCUGCAUAACUAAUUCUGGCAAGAAAAAAAAACUCUAAAGUUUCCUAAGGAUUUGCUAAAGAUGAACACGAGAAAGGCUAAGAAACACCACCCCUUACCACACAGGUCUUCUUCAUUGCUGGCUGUGUAAAGCUAAGCAAACUCCGCUUCGACGCCUAAGCCUCUCUUGACAGACAGCAGCUUUGUGUGUCUGUCACCUUCCAGCGACUUUCAAGACCCUGGAGGUCAGACAGCCACCGCCUCCCACUGCCAGCUAAAGAAACCACCCAGAACUUGAGUCCAGAAAACCUAAGGAAGGAGACUUAAGAGCCCUCCUGCAGCAAAGACCCAGACUGGCCACUGGAGCGCGGCACUGAGCAGGAUCUACUUAGUGCCGGACGUGUGGGGCGUGGUGGCGGCCUGUGUUGUCAUCCCUAUGGAGAUGGGGCUGUCCCUGCCCCGUCUGUGCUCUGGAGAACUGCCUCUCCUUUUCACUAUACUGUGCCAAGAGGAGUCUGCGGCAGCCCUGCUCAGCCCCUUGGCCACUUCCCGGAGUUCCUAGAAGUGGAAGACAGUAAUUUGCUGAGAUGUCACUCGGGAACUUUCCCCAGAGAAGUCUGGAAAUGGAGAGUUUCCACACGAGAUUCAGCACCUGGACUCCUUUUAACAACCGGUCCUUAAACAGACAGCUCUUUCAAGAAAGAGUUACUCUCAUAAGUCACUGGUUUGGCCUCUGGACCCACAAGCAACGGCAGGAGUUCUUAUUCGCAAUUCUUUCACAAUGCUCUAAGUCACAGCUCAGGUUCAUCCGAGACUGGUUUUCAGAGAGGAAGCAGGUGGCCAGCGUGGAUUUCUCGACUGUGUUACCACGUUCCAUUUCUCUUUAUAUCUUCUCCUUCCUGAAUCCGAAAGACCUGUGUGCGGCUGCUCAAGUCAGCUGGCCCUGGAAGUUCCUAACGGAACAGGACUGCUUAUGGAUGCCCAAAUGCACGAGGCUUGGGUGGUUUCUGCCCUAUACUCCAGCACAGAAUGAAUACGGGGCUUGGAAGCACCACUACAUUGCUUGUGUGUCCAGCUUGGAUUGGCUAACGCCCAGGGAAGCUGCUGCUGUUUAUGGGACACUGAAUGAACCCAAAACCGAGGAUGAGGAGUACAAGGAGAGGCAAAGAGAAAAGUCCCUGAGGAAAAUCAUUUGGGAGAGAAUUGCAUUCCGUAAAAAAGAGUUAUUCAAAGCUCGACCCCCUUGGCUGAGUGGAACGCGCUGUUCCAGGUCCAUGAGCCUGCCCGGUGGUCCUUGGAUGCAGAGAGAAGGAGCAGGAUUCUAUGAAGCUUUGGAGAGGCAGCUUGUUCUGGCAUCUUUAGAUGCUUUGCCCACGCGAAGCAAUCUCUCUGGAAGCCACUCCUCCCCUUUCUUAGUAAAGAAAAAUCAUCACGGGGUUGGAGGAACCAAUGACAGCUCUUCCUGUGCCUUGCAACCGUGCGUCAUCCUGAUCUCAUCGCGGAUUCCCGCCUAUGAGAUGGUGGUGGAGAGCGUGAAGGUGGGCGUCGUGACCGUGCCCUACGAACACAGCGGUGUGACCUUGGAGGGCCUGCUUCAUCUCCUAGACAGAGCUCUGCAAGGGCGGAAGGCACGGAGCCUGGGAAUAUUUAGCGGUGGGAACAGCCGAGAAAUUGACUUACUCCAAGGCUAUAAAAUUUCUAUUAAAAAUUUACUGUGGCCUGAAGUGAGAGACUUCUGGGAGAAGCUGGGGAGCUAUGUGGCCGCCGAAGAAGAAGGGGGCCAGGUAGACUUCUUUGUGCCACUUGGAGCAUCAGAAGCAGGCCUAGAAGUUCUUUCUCAGCUGUCUCAGCUAACUGGCACAUCCUUCUCCGCCCCCACCGGAAUCGCGACUGGUUCAUUCCAACACAUUCUUAGCGACUGGCUGGGGCCACAGCAGGACAGGCCGCCUCCUUCUGACUACUUCAGUGAGUCUAAGCUGCAGGCAUGGACCAACUUCACGGACUCCCUGGAAGACACCUUGAAGUCAGUGAGGAAGGAGUUCCGCCCACUCUUCAAGAACUUGCAGAGGAGCAUCAGCGGCCGGAUCCUGGGGCAACUUAUGUUUGACUCUCUGAGUGUGGCCAGCAUCCUAGAUAACCAAGAUGCUGCACAGGCUCUGGCGGAUGGGCUGGUGGAGUUGUCAAAAGAAGGAUCUGACAAACCUCUGGAAUUUUUGUCAUCUUUUCUGCUGAAGAAAUCUAAUAAAAAGAGUGAGGAAUUUGAAGGAAAUGAUAUUCUGUUAGACUGUGACGUAAAAGUAACAUCGGAUCCACUCACGAAGGAAAGACGUGCCAUAGAAGACAAUUUUCAGGACACAAAGUCUAGUCCAAACCAAAGCAACUUGAACAUGGAGGUGCUGUUUAAGCUGGAGAGAAAGCUCCAGAUGGACUCAGUAGAGAAACGAACGCGAGUUGUGAAGGAACUUGUGCAGAGUGAGAGACGGUAUGUGCAGAUGCUGGGAAUCGUGAGGGACGUAUACGCCAGGCCCCUGAGGGCAGCGCUCGCCUCAAACAGAGCCAUUCUGAGUGCUGCCAAUAUACACAUCAUUUUCUCUGAUGUUCUACACAUCUUAAAUCUCAACAGAGAAUUUCUAGCUAACCUAAGAGACAGACUACAGGAAUGGAGCCCAGCCCACUGUGUGGGAGAAAUAUUCAUAAAAUUUGGAAGGCAGCUGAACACAUACACCAAUUUCUUCAACAACUAUCCUGUUGUUCUGAAAACAAUUGAGAAGUGCAGAGAAAUGACACCAGCAUUCAGAGCUUUCUUGAAGAGGCAUGAUAAUACCAUUGCUACUAAAAUGCUCAGCCUGCCAGAGCUGCUCCUGUACCCAUCCCGGAGAUUUGAAGAAUAUAUACACCUUCUCUAUGCUCUGAGACUCCAUACACCUGCAGGACAUAUAGACCGUGGGGAUCUGACCGCUGCAAUUGAUCAAAUAAAAAACUAUAAAGGCUACAUAGAUCAGAUAAAGAAAAACAUCAAACUGAGAGAGCAGCUGACCCACGUACAGACCACCAUCACAGACUGCCCCACUCUAUCAGAAGCAAACAGAUACCUGAUUAGGAUCCAAGAUGUAGUUCAACUUCACUGCUAUGAUGAGAAAAUGGAUUUCCCUUUAAGAACAAGAAUGGACAAGUUUUUCCAUGAGGUCCGAAGAGUAAAUAUUUAGCAUUUGCUGGCCAAAUGAGGUCUAUGGCAAUGACCUUUUCUGCUGCAGCACAGAGACAUCUAGACAACACAACAGUAUGCUAUUCAUAAACAGCUGUGGCUAUGUGCCAAUAAAACUUUAUUUACAAAACAGGUGACAGACUAUAGUUUCCUGAUCACUGCUUUAGAAAAUGGUCAAUGUUUUCAGUAUCAAGGGCAAAGACAAAUCAUUCAACACAUAGCAACCAAAUGGAAAGGAGGCUCUUUUAUUUCCGUGAUUAUUCAGCAAACAUCUGGAUGUGCCAGGGCAGUGGGGCAGAUGGGUCACUCUUUGCACCUCCAUCCCCACCUGGGAGAUCCUCAAUGAAAAUCAAAGGCCAUGAGUUUGAGCCCCAGAACUGACAUGGAACGAGAGAACUGACCUCAGCAAGUUUUCCUCUGACCUCCCCACAUGCUCUGUGGCACACCCCUCCCUGAAAAAAGACAAUGUAAGCAAAAAGAGAAAAAUCAAAUCACCACAGGUGUCUUUUGCCUUUUGGAGAGGGUGUUGGAUCCGCUGUAGCUGGAAUCACAGACAGCAAAGAACCAUGAUGUGGGUGCUGUGAAUUGAACUCAGGUCCUCUGGAAGAACAGCAGACAUCCGCUGGGACCUCUCUCCAUCAUCUAAGCAAAUUUGAGUAUUUCUCCUGUUCCUUAUCUACAUGCAUGUUUUGUUUUGUCAAUCGUCCCUACAUGUAGUCUCCUUUCUCUCCACCUCAGUCUGUUCCUGUUUCUCAGUGUGACUGACAUUUCUCCUCACACACCUUCCAGCACCUAACUCAGCUGCAGUCUCCUCAGAGACACCAAUGGGGUUCUUUGUGACAGCUGGUCUUACCUUUACCAUUUCCUUUGUAAAAUGGAAAUGGUUUCAAGUACUCUAUUACCUGGUUUUCUUUCUUUUUUUUCCUAUUAGAUUUCUUAGCAUAUUAACCAUGGUUAAAUUCCCAAUUUGAAUGUUUCAAAAUCUCUGCCAUAUCCCAGUCUGGUUCUGAUGACUGCCCUCUUCCCUCCACCUUUUGCCUUUCAGCAUGGCUUUUACUGAAAGUUAGAAAAACAAAACCAAAAACCAGCCCCCCCCCCCAAGAAAACAAAUAGGCAUUUUUAGUGUGAGGUUUAUGCCCCCUACUUAAGUUGUGCUUACAAUGUCUGUCAUAGUGAAAGGCUGCCAUGUUCCUCACGUCUGUGUUUUGUCAGCAGGUCCAGCCUUAAGGACUCCUAAAAAUAUUGUUUUGCCUGCGUGUAUGCAUGUGUACCACUGUGUGCUUGGUGUCCAUGGAAGCCAGAGGGUGUCAGAUCCUGUAGGACCAGGAGUUAUGGAGGCUACAUGUGGGUGCUGGGAACCAAAUUCAGAUCCUUUGUAAUAGUAAUAGUAAGUGCUCUUAACUGCCCCAAGACCCCUUCAACAGAGUCUGAGUUUUGUAUUUUUGUCUAUUGUCAUUAGAUAGUUGUUCUCCUGAGGUGGUAGAAAGAUGCGAGAGGAGGCACACAUUCUGUAACCCUCUGUGUGGCCUGGGCUGAACUCCAAUUUGUGGAUAUCCUCCUGCCUUAGCUCUCCCAAGGACCGGGAUUAUAGGGGGGCUCCCCUAAGUGACAGGGAAGCUGUGGGCUUGGAGUGAGUAAGAAUUCCCCCUUCCCCAGGCUGCUAAAAGAACCCCUGAGGACCUUGUUAAGAACCUUGAGGUUGCAUUUCAUAAUGGCCAGGUCUGCCACCCUUGUGCCCCAGGAGACUCGAUGAGAGUCUUCUCAGCUCAGUGUGAGAGCUUGGUGGGCUCCUGAGUGCAGGUGCAGCCACGGUCUGAAAUUCUGGCUGCUCCAUCACGUCAGUAUUAGAGGUGAAAUUACCUGAUUUGCUCAUUUAGAAGACCUAAUAGAGCCUGUGGUGACUCUGAUAGAGAUACAUUUCCUUUGAAUUGUAUACAAUUCCUUUGAAUUUAGGAAACAGCUUCUGCCAAGUGUGUGCAGGUGCCAAACAGACACACGUGUAGAAAAAGUUCCUUGCGAUUUGUCUUUUCCUCCACUGUCCUUGAGCGGCCACACUGAAUUAGCGUGCAGCUUCCUCCUUUGCCAGAGCUUCACCAGUUCAGUUACAUAAGAACUCACGGCUGCUGCCACUCAAUGCCGUCCAUUCGAAAGGGGAAAGCCAAACAUUUACUUCUGAAGCAAGCACCAACAUCGAUGGCAUUUAUUUCUUCACAGCACUCUGGAGGGCUUCCAAUUAUAAAGCUAUUUUUUUUUAACAUUUUAAAAUGUAAAAAUUUGGACUUUUUUCUAAACUUAAGAAAAAUUAUUUUUCUAUAUUUAUCAGUUAUUGGGCAACACCUGGGAAACAUGGUAGAAUUCUUUACCUAGUGAAAGCAGCCUUUGCCUGCAUGUGGUUGACCUUUGCUGGCUUUCUUUCCCUUUCUUCCUACUGCUGCCCCAUCAUUCGGAGAGAAACUCAAUAACUUGAUCUAAAACUGUUUUUCCCCUUCAAAAUGUAAGUAAAUAUGAAGCAACCCAUUCACAGCAGCAUAAAUCAUAAUCAAAAGAAGGAAAUGUUUAGAUGCAAGAGCUGACUCUAGCGGCUGAUGACCACAGUGAUUCUAUUUACUGCACACCCAAGCAUCUGAAAUGAACUUAGGGUUCUCCACUUGGAUUUCCUAACUCUGAUGGCAGCCUUUGGUCCAGUUCUUAGGCAAAGUUGUAACUAAAAUGACUCAGAUGUCUUAUUUCUCAAAACCAGGCUGGAACUGUGGAACCAGAGUCGCCAGGGGCUUGCCAGAAAUGCAUAGGCCCCUGGAGGCAAAAAGUCUAAUUUGACAAAAUCCUGGUCAUAUUAACUCAGGUCAACACACAUUUAACAUCAGUCAUUACGAAGUGAAUUAUUAUGAACUAAACUAAGUUUUGUACACAAUAUAAAACUUUUCGACAAAAAAUAAAGUAUCUGACAAAUCACUUCUCACUGCAAAUCCUCACAGAUAUAACAGCUCAUGAAAAGAAUUUGAUUAUAUGAAGAGAACCAUCUAGCAAUCUGGCUCCAAAGCAAAAAUCAGAGGGUCACAGAUGAGGUCCGAAGCACAGCAAAUUUUGCUCUUUGCCUAUGGCUAACCAUUAUUAGCAAUAUCAAUGAAGACAAAGAACAAUUUACAUUUUACUUCCCUUAGGGGUGAAGUCACUGAGCUGCCUCCCUUCCAGUUUCUCUGCAAACGGAUAAGCAGUUCAUUUGAACUACCAGUUCAAUGGUUCUUCCCCAGGUUUCUACUUAGAGAUGCCUGCAGUCACACCACUCUGAUAGUUCUCGCCUGAGGAUCAUGUGAGCUGAAACAAAGCAAACUCAUGGUUCUCAGGUCACCCAAAUACAUCCGGCACAGAACGCCACAGCUGACAAAAGUUAUAAAAACAGUCAUGAUAGAAUUCAUCUAAUAAAGGAGGAAAGGAGGGAACAUUCGAUGUUCAUUUAAAAAAGUUAGAUUUACUCUUUUAUGUGUGCCUGCAUUAUGUGCACCAUGUGUGUGCUCGGUGUCCAGGGAGGUCAGAAGGUGGCAUUGGGUGCCCUAGAAUUGGAGUUACAAUGGCUGUGAACCCAUCCUCUGCAACAGCAAGUGCUCUUAACCCGAGCUCUCUUUCCAGCCCUCACUGUUCAUGUUUUGCACAUUAUGAAUACUUGACUAAUGGAAGGGAUCAAAUAACUAUCAGGUACCUUGGUGGUCUACAUUAUGUCUAGACAUGCAGGGUCACUUUACCAAGUAGUCCAUGAAUUACACAAAAAGUCUAUAGUGGAUAAGGUCUUAAUCAUGGGAGUAUCAAUUUAAAGAUGGUUAAUUGUUGAGCAAGGCGCACACCUGUGAGCUCUUCACUCUAACAGGCUCUAUGAACAGACCCGAGACCUCAGCCUCUUCCUCUUCAAUGAUGCACUGCUUGUUACUGGUCGGGCCACAUCUCAUACUCCAUUUGAAAGGACGUCCAAAACAACCUACCAGUUCAUUGCGUCAGUGGCCCUUCCCAGGA